AGGGCUGACGUGUUUUUAGCCGCGGAAGGGUGAAAAUGGCGAAAUCGAAAUUUGCAAAGUGCGCGAAAAUAUUGGUUGUUUUUGACGUAAUAUUCGAUUGAUAAAGUAAAACGUUUACUUUUGUUGAAUUACAUAUAAGAAAAAAUAUAACUCUAUAGUAACAGUGAACUUGUCAUUCUCGUUUCUCUUUGAAAUUUUAAUACUAAACGACCUUUGGGUCUGUUUGUACACAGCGGUGCGUAGUGCACUGUGGGACAGCAAUGGUGGGCGCGUGAUUUUGAACAAAUUCGAGGUAUUAAAGGAACACCCAGGGACGUAAUCAUGUCUAUAAAUAAAGGACAAAAUGCUAGAGCAUUGGUUGAACCAUUAGCUCUUGAUUCACGUACACUUGGUGAUGGAGACUUGAGUGCACUGAGUCUAUCGCAUAAUAAUGAACAAUAUUCAUCCAAUGACUUUGAAGCAUUUGCAAAUAUUCAAGCUGAGUUAGAAUGCAUGAAUGCUGAAGAAGUUAUGACAACGGAUGAAGAACAUAUAAUAAUUGGACGUAAUAUUGAGACUGAAACGAUUGUACCUGAUGUGGAAAUGACUGAAGUUUCUGAACAAGCUCAAGAGGAACAUAUUAUCUAUACAACAGCAAAUCAAAAUAAUCAAAAUAUUGUAUUUCAAACAAAACCAACGUUACAAAGGCUUCCUACAUCUACAGUACAGGUAAAGUCAAAUGUUGGUCAAGUUACGCAAAGUCAGUCUAUUAUGAUAGUCUCUCCAGCUGGUGGUCAAGGUACUAGCCAAAUCUUAAAAAUUUCACACCCGUCAACAGCAUCGGCUGGUCAAUUACAAUCAUUAGCUCAGACUCUCAUAACGGCAAAAUCUGCUGAUGGUAAUAUAGUUCAGUUAAGAUCUGCACAACCUAGUAAGCCUGUAAUGGCAACUAGUCAUUCAGGAAAUAUCACAUUAGGAAAUGUACAGAAUGCAAAAACAGCUCAGUCUGCUAUAAAACGUACUGCACAGAGUACCUCUCAAAAUCGAAAUGUAUAUACAAAAAUGAUACUAGCUGGAAAUCAAGCACCAUCAGGUCAACAAGUUCUUAUAGCAAGUUCCCAAAAUGAAAAUCAACAAACACAAGCAAUAAAAUUUUUAAACAAUAGUUCGUCAAGUCAAGAUGUUACAAGUCCAACAAAAACUAUAACAUUAGCACAAGCACAACAAAUGGGAUUACUUUCCACUAACAAAGUUCAACAUAUUUUGCCCUCAACACCACAGAAACAAGUGAGUAUAAAGAAAAAAGGAAUAAUUGUAAAUAAACUAGUGCAAUCAUCAAGUUCUCAACCCUCUAAAAUGACUAUAGUUCCAAGUAAUACAAUCAAAUCGCCAACAAAGAUAUUACCUGCCCCUACAGUAAACACACAAGUUAAAGCUUCGACAAUUUCAAAUCAGCAAUCAUCAUUUUCCUCUUCUAAUAAAUCAUCUGUCCAACAAAGUCCACAGAAAGUGAUUAUACGACAGAGUUCUUUAAAACCUGGAACUGUCCUUGGAAGUGGACAAGUUAUUAGAAUACCAGCAAAUCAAAACAUUGUUACUGGAUCUAAUCAAGUACAUCAAAUACAAAUGCCUGGCAGACAAGUGCAAUAUGUAAGAUUAGUUAGUACUCCAUCAUCAGGUACUACAAAUGUUGUUACUGUGGGUAAAACGAAAUCACAAACAACUUUACAAACUGUUGGUGUUGGCCAAAAAAUAGGAGGUCAACAACAGAUUGUUAAGGUAGUUCCAUUAAAUACUAGCAAUCAGCCAUUAAGGACAGUUGCACCUAAGGCUGCAUUAACAGGAAGUGGGCAAAGAUUAUUAAUUCCAGCAACUGCAACAGUAGCCAACCAAUCAAAAAAUGCAGUUGCUAUCCCAGCAUCUGCUUUAAGUCAAUUAGCAUCUGGGCAAGCUGUUCUUUCAACAAAUUCGAAUGUGGGAAAUAUUGUAGUUUUACCAGCCCAAUAUAUUCAGCAACAGCCAGCAGACGAUGUAAAAUUGAAAUCUCAACAAGCAACAUCUGGUUUACUAGGUAAUUCACAAAAUUUGCAGACUUCAACAGGGACUUUAUCUGUGGGAUCUGUUAUAGAAAGUAAAAGCUCUCAAAGAUCAUAUACCAGUGUUGAGCCAAAUGGUAUUCGGCCGAGAAAACCAUGCAAUUGCACUAAAUCACAAUGUCUUAAAUUAUAUUGUGACUGCUUUGCGAAUGGAGAAUUUUGUCAUAUGUGCAACUGUAAUAACUGUUCUAAUAAUCUUGGAAAUGAAGAGGAAAGACAACGUGCUAUUAAGUCCUGUUUGGAGCGUAAUCCAAAUGCUUUUCGUCCAAAAAUUGGCAAAGGUCGUGAAACUGGCGAUGAUAUACGUAGACAUAACAAAGGUUGCAACUGUAAACGAAGUGGAUGUUUAAAGAAUUAUUGUGAAUGUUACGAGGCUAAGAUUCCUUGUUCUGCUAAUUGUAAAUGUAUAGGGUGUCGUAAUGUAGAAGAACCGAAUUUAGAGAAGAAAUCUUUAAAAGACCUAGCUGAAGCAGCCGAAGUAAGAACUGCACAACUUACGCUAAAUAAGACAAAAUUACAAUUAUCGGAAAUGGCUUUUAGGCCACCCGCUACAUCAAAUACUGGUGCAAGGCAACCAUUUAAUUUUUUGACUGAUAAAGUAGUACAAAUAACGUGUGAGUGCUUAAUGGCGCAAGCUGAUGAAGCAGAACGUAACAUGUUUGAUGAUGAAACAUCACAAAGACUUAUAAUCGAGGAAUUUGGUCGCUGCCUCAAGGAAAUCAUAGAAUCAGCACACAAAGCUGAAGCUACCUAGCAGGUACAUUCUAAGGAAAAAUAUAAUGUUCAAAAUGUUCGAAGUUUGCGGACCUAUCCUGAAGUCACAAAAUUGAAGAUGUUAGUUAUUGGUACUUCUUAAUUUGAUAAUUGGUCAUACUAACUAUAUACAAGUGUUACAUACCAAAGAUAAUGGUGAAAGGUAUUAAAAUGUUAUACAUUCAACCGUUUUCUAAUUUUGUCUUACUAACAUAUGAGAGGUUUCUUUUAUAAUCAUAAAUUGCACUUUCGAAGUUAUAGAUAUGUUUAUCAUAACAUAGUGAGUGCUCAGUUAUGUGUGGUUAAAAAGUCUAUUGCUAAAUUAUUUUUAUUUUCAUUGAGAAUUUGAUAAAA